CUGGGAUGACAGRAGCUCUGUGAGUAGUGGCGUCAGUGACAACAUCGACACAGAUGACAUCAACACCAGUUCCUCCAUCUCCUCCUACGCCAACACACCUGCAACCCAGCGUAAGGGCCUCAGCACACAGCCUGUGACGGAUGCAGAGAAGCACUCGGCCUCCUCAGCAGUUCAUCAAGCUUGGGCAGGAGACGAGGUGAAGAGGCCAGACGGCGGGUCAGACGCAGGGGUCAGAAUGGAUUGUGGCUCCAAGUGGAGCCGCAGGACCUGUAACAUCUCUGAUGAGUCUGACAAGGGCAGCUCAGGGAGGAAGACCCCCUCGGUGUCCCAAACAGGCUCCUGGAGAAGAGGCAUGAGCACUCAGGUGGGGGUGACAUCACCCCGGACUAAAAGCACAAGCAGCACAGGCUCCACAGUCUCCUCCGGCAUCAAGAGCCACAGUUCAGGUAAGACAGACGACGUUAAGGUGUCAGAGAAAGGACGUCUUUCUCCUCGCUCUAAUGGCCUUCAGCGCUCUCCGUCAGACGCUGGCCGCAGCAGCGGUGAUGAGGCGAAGAAGACGCCGACCACAAAUGCACUCACGCACACUGUCUCAGACCCACAAUCCCACAUACACGCGCUGGCCUCGCGUGCCCCAACCAGCACCUUUGGCUUCAAGAAGCAAGGUGCAGGGAUGGUCACCAUGGUCACUGCYAGUGGCGCCACCAUCACCAGCGGAUCGGCCACCCUGGGGAAGAUGCCUAAAUCUGGGGGGCGCUCGCUGUCGGGAGGCUUGAAGUCCGGCGGGCAGGACGGAGGCUCUGUGUUGGGCCACCACGACGAUGUCUUUCUCCCCAUGAGCGCGCGCUCCACGCUGCAGUACCGCAGCCUGCCCAGACCCAGCCGCUCAGGAGCCGCGGCCCGGAGCGGCAACCGCUCCUCCACCAGCAGCAUCGAGGCCGCCGUGCUCUCAGUCACGUCUCACGGCAAGAACGCCAUCGGCAUCGCCAAAACCAACAGCUCCGCGGGCCUGCUGGCGAAUCAGACGGACCGGGAGAAAGGGGUCUCCGAGUUCGACAACCUGAGGAACGGCGCCGUGGCGCAGAGUGGAGGAGCAGCGACUGUCCCUCUGACAGGAAGACAGCAGGUUUCUUCACCUACGUUACGCAGGUUAUUUGGUGGAAAGAGCAGUAAGCAGGCUCCGGUCACCACAGCUGAAAACCUGAAGAAUUCCACAGUCAUCUCCAACCCCCACGCCACCAUGACCCACGUAGCUACGGUGCUGGAGUCCCCUGAUGGAGGUCUUGGAGUCAGAGACAGCGAGACCAGCAGCCCCCUGUUUGGAGGCAGAGCGUUGGGGUCAGGGAUGGGCACACUGGGCAGUGAGCAGGCCUCCAGCCCAGGGUCAGUUUACUCCUCCACCGGCCCCUCUAACAGCCUGACGUGGGGGACCACAUUCAGCGGCUCCUCUGUCCCAAGCCGGGAGGGCACCCUCGGUGGAUAUGCUGGGACAGGCAGRGUGGGCUUCCCUUCUGUCAGCAGCAUGCACACCAGCAGCGAGUCCAUUGACAUGAGCCUGGGCAGCGCUGGAGGCGGCGUCGGGGGCCACGGCACCCACAGGGAGGACACUCUGUCGGCUCUGGGUCGCACCGGCAGCGUGAAGACCGGCAUGUCUGAGAGCCCCCUGUCCUCCCCCUCCGCUAGCCCUAUAUUCAGCCGAAACACGCUCCCUCGGAGGCAGGACAGCGGGCCACACUGUGGUAGAAACACUCUGCCUAAGAAGGGAUUCAGGUACGGCCCGUCGACCCAGCUGCGAGGCCACGAGGAUCGUGAUUGGCUGCGCUCCCACUCCACCAGCGGGCUGCAGGACUCUGUCAGCAACUCGCCGUUCUCCCCCAGCUCCAGCCUCACCUCCCCCUCCGGUACUCGCUUCAACUUCGCACAACUGGCAUCCAGCCCGACCUCUGCAGCUCAGAUCAAUCUCGCUGGUUUGCGCAACAACAGCCUGACCAAUCAGGAUGCUCCGUUUGACCCCAGCAGUGACAACCGGCUGAGAAACUCCUGCAUGUCUCUGGACGAGAAGACUCGCACCAUGAGCCGAUCGGGAUCAUUCAGGGACGGGUUUGAAGAAGUUCAUGGAUCGUCCUUGUCUCUGGUCUCCAGCACAUCUUCCAUUUAUUCCACGAAUGAAGAGAAGUCUCAGUCGGAGAUUCGAAAGCUGCGUCGGGAGCUGGAUGCCUCCCAGGAAAAAGUCUCUGCCCUCACGACACAACUGAGUGCUAAUGCUCACCUGGUGGCAGCGUUUGAGCAGAGUCUGGGCAACAUGACCAUCAGACUGAAGAGUCUCACUUUGACGGCAGAACAGAAGGACUCUGAGCUGAAUGAGCUGAGGAAGACCAUCGAGCUGCUGAAGAAGCAGAACGCUGUCGCUCAGGCUGCCAUCAAUGGAGUCAUUAACACCCCUGAACUCGUACCUAAAAGUGACCGAACAGGUGGCAGUAACAGCGCUCUUCAGCAGCAGCAGCAGAACCAGCAACCAGACCUGCGCAUCAGGCGGCAGCACUCCUCUGACAGCGUCAGCAGCGUCGCCAGCGCCACCAGCCACUCCAGUGUGGGCUCCAACAUGGAUGCUGAUGCUAAAAACAAGAAAAAGAACAAAAAGAACUGGGUCUAUGAGUUGCGGAGUUCUUUCAAACAAGCCUUCACCAAGAAGAAAUCUCCCAAAUCAGCCUCUUCUCAUUCCGACAUCGAGGAGAUGACGGACUCGUCGCUGCCCUCCUCCCCUAAACUGCCUCACAACGGCACUUCAGCCACCGGCCACCUGCUCAGAAACACUCACUCCAACUCACUGCUGUCUGAGUGUUUGGACAGCGAGGCGGAGACGGUGAUGCAGCUGCGCAGUGAACUCAGGGAGAAGGAGAUGAAGCUGACUGAUAUCCGUCUGGAGGCUCUCAGCUCCGCACAUCAGCUGGACCAGCUCCGAGAGUCCAUGAACCGCAUGCAGCUGGAGAUCGAGAAGCUGAAGACGGAGAACGAUCGUCUGAAGCUGGAGAGUCAGGGCAGCAGGACCGGCUCCCAGGUGUCCAUCUCGUCUUCUCCUCCCCCUCACACACAGAGCCAUGCUCCCGGACCGGCUCCUGGACUGUCUCAGCACAGCCUCAACCUCACCACCAGCGAGUCGACCAGCCUAGACAUGCUGCUGGACGAUACGGGUGGAGAGGGCGGGAUGAGGAAGGAGGGGCGACACGUGAAGAUCGUGGUCAGUCUGGAUGAGUACAGCAAGUGGGAGGAGGAGGGCCAGUCUCGUCAUUUUCUGAUCGGCUGCAUUGGUGUGAGUGGAAAAACUAAGUGGGACGUGUUGGAUGGAGUGGUCCGACGCCUUUUUAAGGAGUAUAUUACUCAUGUGGACCCGGUGAGCCAGCUGGGCCUGAGCACUGACAGUGUGCAGGGUUACAACAUUGGAGAAAUCCAUCGGCCCAGCAGCCCCAGCACGGCCAGCACGCCUGAACUGCUGCCCUGCGGCUACCUGGUGGGAGACAACACCAUCAACAUCCAGCUGAAAGGUGCACACAGUGAAAGUGUGGACUCGCUGGUGUUUGACACGUUGAUCCCGAAGCCCAUGCUGCAGCGCUACAUCUCCCUGCUGAAAGAGCACAGACGGGUCAUCCUCUCUGGUCCGAGCGGUACAGGAAAGACCUACCUGGCCAAUCAACUGUCUCAACACUUGCUGCAGCUGGAGGGCCGACCCUUGACCCCAAACGCUGUUGUUACUUUCAAUGUGGACCACAAGUCCAGCAAAGAGCUCCGGCAGUACUUGUCAGGUUUGGCGCAGCAGUGCAGGGGGGUGUCUGGAGAAGAGGGCCCUCUGGUGGUCAUUCUGGACAACCUCCACCAUGUCAGCUCCCUGGGGGAGAUCUUCAAUGGUCUCUUCAACUGCAACUACCAGCACUGCCCUUACAUUAUCGGCACCAUGAGCCAAGCUACGUCAUCGGCCCCUAACCUGCAGCUUCACCACAACUUCAGGUGGGUCCUGUGUGCCAACCACAUGGAGCCAGUGAAAGGAUUUCUCGGUCGCCACCUGAGGAGGAAGCUGAUUGAGAUGGAAAUCGGCAGCCGGACGCGCAGCACGGAGCUGGUAAAGAUCAUCGACUGGGUUCCACGGGUUUGGCACCACCUCAACCGCUUCCUGGAGAGUCACAGCUCCUCUGAUGUCACCAUCGGACCUCGUCUCUUUCUGUCAUGUCCCAUGGAUGUGGAGGGAUCCAGGGUUUGGUUCACUGACCUCUGGAAUUACUCCAUUAUCCCCUACAUGCUUGAGGCUGUACGCGAGGGACUGCAGCUGUACGGCCGCAGGGCAGCGUGGGAGGACCCAGCAGCCUGGGUGAUCGACACCUACCCCUGGUCAUCAUCUCCACCUCAAGGGGACUGGCCCCCACUGCUGCAGCUGCGCCCCGAAGACGUGGGCUUCGAUGGCUACUCGGCGCCAAGAGAAGGAGCCAGGAAGGAGCUGCCGCAGAGUGACAGUGACGCAGACCCGCUGAUGAACAUGCUGAUGCGUCUGAAAGAAGCGGCGACGUCAUCGAGCCCGCAGAGCUACGACAGCGACUCCAACAGCAACAGUCACCAUGAUGACAUCCUGGACUCUUCGCUGGAGUCAACAUUGUGAUACUUUCAAAACUUUUUUUAUUAUUUCAAAAGAACAUUUUAAAACUUUUCUCAAGGUGAGAAUUUUGAAAAUAGAUUUUUUUUGUGUGUGGGGAGGGGGCACAAAAUGUAGCCGCCUUGAUUUGGGUGCAGGUAACCCAAAUAUGUAGGAGGAGAAAAAAAUCCCAACAGCAUUUCUGUAAGAGAGCAACAAACAUUUCUAGAGCACUGCCUUUUAUUUCCUUCACCACUGUGGCCCGUGGCUCCUUUAUCAGGAAGCUAACGUCUAUUGCAGACAGACAGAAGCACACCUUCUGUUGCUGAGGCGUCAUCGUCAUCAUCAUCAUCAUCGGUUUACUUAAACACCAGCCAGGUGGUCUUCAUCCUCCACUGAGCUGCCAAAUCGUCCCCUCAGCACGAAGUUCAGCUUCCUGCACAGCUGCAUGGCUCCAGAGCGUCCUGCAGGUGGCGAUGCAGUGACGUUCCCUGGAACAGUGAAGAGGAGUGACCUGCUGCAGGAUGGAUGAACAUCCACGGCUCAGUUUGACUGUUUGUGGAUAAAACGAGCUAAAAUGAAUGUUGGGACCAUCGGCAAUCUGUUCUCAUUUCCAAAAACCACUUUUUUUUAAUUCUUCAAAUGUGUCAAAGUCAGCAUAUAUCAGUUAUUAUUCUGGUCCCUCACCAAGUUCCUGUCAGUUCCAUCUAAACGGACUGUUUCUGCUUUUACAUUGUAGCAAAACUGCCACCAUAUUAGUGAUGAACUCCCGCCAGAUGUAACUAAUAAGUGUUCACUUGCCACAGACUGGGUUUUCUUGUUCACAUUUAACAUUAGGUGCCCUGAGAUGGCAUUAAUUUUUUUAUUUUUUAUUUUUUUAUUUUAUUAUUUUGUGCUGGAGAAAUCAAACUGUGAGCUAAAGCCUUGUAAAUGAGCUCACGGCCAUCCCAAAACUUGACCUUUCAUGUCACGGCUUGCCAAAUUUACUAAACCUGGUACUUCUGGUUUAACUAACGGCAGCAACAGAGAUCGCACAGAAACUACAGAGUUCUACUCAGAACUUAGCACAAGUUUUUUUACAGCUCGUUCACGUCAAAACAAACACAACUAACCCUUAAAGUACAUAAAAAAUAACUUUAAACAAGAACAAUAUCUACCUGGUGAAGCUGUCUGUUAUGGAAAUGGUUGACUGAUAAUAAUCACUUUGGUGAAGUUUAUCCUUUUCACACAUUUUCAUGCAGUUUACCAAACAYCAUCUCUUGAAAAAAACAAACAAACUUCCAUGUUCUUUCUCAUUAAGAAAUUUUUAAUUUUUUUAUUUUUUUAUUUUUGGCCCACGCAGGCUGUUGUAGCACAAUUCUCCUUUUGGUGCUGGACUUAAUCUUAAACAUUGCCUUACGCUUUUUUACCAGACUAGGUGCAUUAGCUGAUUACCAGUAGUUCAUUGAAGCGGCUGUAAAUGUAACAGGGCUCAGAGUCGACCGUCCUCGGAGCCGCUGCAGUGGUCCAGGACCACCGUUGACCUCUCAUAUCAAUCACCGACGCCGUGAGGUUGAAAAGAUGUGACUGAGAAAGCGGUGCUUUUUGUUUUCUUUGUUUUUUUUUAAUUAUUAUUUUGCAUGAGUGACCCGAUGUUAAGAAGACUGUAAAUAUUUUUCAACUGCUUGAAUGAAAAGAGAAAAAAAAAUAUGUGUUUUGGUGCUUGAAAUCAGGGCCCUUUUGUGGGUGGAGAGAAAAGGAAAAGAUGUUUUUAUCAUCUUUUAAUUCUGCUUUGCUAUAUUUUGAUUGUGUGAACAAAAGUUAUAACAUGUUGAACAAGUUAAGUGGAAACUAAUAUUAAAGCUGCUUUGUUAAUAUAAUUAAGAGUUAUAAAGGUACUUGUGAUUAAAUGAUCAUGAAAAUUUUUGCAACUUUAAAUGGUCCUUUUUUAAAAAAAAUAAAAAAAGAUGUAAUCCUUGAAGCCUUUCUUCAGAAAAGGGCAGGUAGAUGUUUAAAGUCAGAGAAAAGUGGUCCUUUCAARGUGUUUCUCACUGAUCCUAUGCAACCUUCAUUCUGACCCAGAUAUUACAGCUGAAUGUGUCGUUUCCAGCAGUUUUGAGCAACAUUUCAAAUGUUUUGCAUGACGCCAAAUUUCUCACCCGUGUGUGUUUGUUCCCCUAACGCUCACCUGCUUCGGUCUUUUUCAAGCACAAAGAGUAAAAAUCCUGUCCGUCUGUGGAACGCCUGCUCUGAGGUGUGAAUGUUUGAAGCAUUUUUGUUCCUCAUAAACCCAACYAAUGUUUAGCUUUCGUAGCCAUGUACAUUUCUUUUUAUAUGUAACAUAGCUUUGUAAAUAGUUUGAUCGUCUCGCAGGAUUUUUAUGACCUUUUUCUAGCCGAUUUGGUACAAUACUUGAAUCUGAGGUAUUUUGUGUAAGGUCUCUUCACACCAGAGAAAACCAUGUGGUUUGUAAAGUGUCUGUCCACCCGGGGGCURGCAGAAUUGAAUCUAUCACUGUACUAGUCUUAAGUUAUUGUGAUUCAAUAAAUUUAUUAAUUAUUUAUAACUGAA